GUGAAGUUGGUAUCAAAUGAAGGCUGGGCAGAUGCCACAAUAAAGGAGCACCUGAAUGUUUUGUAUGACUUUUUAAGGUCUGGUUCUUUGGCUGUAUAUUGCUACAGGAACUUCUCAACAAAUUUCCUGGAUGACAUACUUCAUACAGUCUUGAAAUUGUUCUCUGAGUGUCCAAUCUGCUUCACUGCUGUUCAAUGUAGACUUAGCUGUGUGGUACUGGGCCAUGUAUUUGAGGAAGAAAAGUUGUUUUUUGCUAUUGCUAUGGAUGACAUGUUAACCUUUACAAAUGAAUUUUAAAAUGGUGCUGAUGUUCAAAACCUAUUUCUGUUCAAGACAAUUUUGGAUCAAAUAGUUAAACUGUAGCCACCUUCCUUUGCAUGUUUCACCUCAGUUUCAUAGUUGUCUUUGUUUUUAUGCUGGAGGGCCAAGAUGACAAACCUGGUGUUGAGAUAACCUAGGUGUUCUCUUCUAAAACCAAGCAAAACACAAACUGAAACAAACAAAACCUCCAUUGUGUGUGUUUAACCAUUUGGUUUGCCCAGCUGUCUUUGUUGAUACCAGUUUUUCCCAUGAGGAACUGUUCAUACCUGUUUGAUCCUGCCAUGUUGGUGAUAUGUGCUUGGUCAAGCUUGGUUUUGCCAUGUGUUGCAUGGUGGAGUUGGAUACUGGGACCAGCCUAAAGGGAUCCCCAUUCAGUUGAGUGGAUUUCCUUGGCGUGAGCCAAAAUUGUUUGGAAUGGUUUGUUGUUGAGGUGUAAGGGGCCUUCUGUGAAUAACCAUAGGGUGAAAUUGUUUGGAAUGGACUAUGGCAGUGGAGUGUGCCUACUCUAACCCUGCGAUGGGAAAAGGCGAUAGGCUGUUGGAGCAUGCGAAUGGCAAGCAUGUGCAGGAAUUGAUGAGAACUGUCUUGGUUCCACUGGUAGAAGCCAGUGUUUUCAGGCUGUUGGGAUGCUGUGCCAUGGAUGUCCUCAUACAAGCCCAAAUAGUCCAAUACCUCCUUCCCCCCAACAGUCCCCCAGCUUUUUAUUUGACUGUUUUGUUGUGAUGUUUGACAAUAUGCAAGAUGUCCUUGUGCUUUAAAGAGUCUGUUGCUUGUGGGAAGACAACUGUUAGUCAGAACAGAGGUGGCUAGGGGAUGCCUUGGGUCUCCUCCAGUUCGUCUGUGGUACAUCCUUCUGAUUUUAGGAUGUUGUGUUGGAGAUGUUGCUUGAUUUCCAGUUACACAGCUUGGCUGUCACAUGGCUUUAGAUUAAUUUGUUGUGUUAUAAUCUGUUGAUGACCAUCAAUGGGUUAAAGUGGAUCACCUUUUGGUGGUGUUGAGCUGAUGUCCCAGUGGUGCCUUCGCAUAAUUGAUGAAAACUGUGUAGCUGUUGGACUGUUGUUGUUGGGGAAGACCACUAGGGAGGCGCUGUCGAGCUGGAGGGGGAGACCAGCAGCAUGGGGCUUUCCUAGGACUGCCUGGAGCUCUCAUCCCACACUUUGAGUGCAAGUGCUGGGUGACAAAUGGUGGAGCUGUUGUCUGGGGAUACUGCCCCUGAGUUGAAAAAAAGCUACCCCUUGGGUGGGGUGAACCCCAAGGUGGGUUGUUGCUGGCUGCAUGGCUGUCAGCUCCACUGCCAUGCUUUCAAAAUGGCUUGUAGCAGCACCACUUCCUGUCCAGGGAGGAAGUAAUUUUAGCCCAGGCACUGAAAUAUUUAGCAAUCUUUAAAACAAAAGGCACAAAUUCCAUUUCUUUCUGGUUUCAAAAGGGUGCCUGAGCCACAUGGGGUUAAGGUGCCCCUUCAGCUGGGGUAGUUGGAGGGAGCCAGGGCUGUGGGGGUAGCAGGCACCCUUUAGGUGGAGGCUAUCUCUUUUUUUGGUAGAAAUGAAGGGGUGGGUCUAUGGUACAUCACCUGAGUUGUGGGGUAAAUGUAGAGAGUGUCAAUCAAAGGCAGAGCUCAGAGCUGGGAAGGAGCUCUAGAUGGCGGCUGUGCCUUAGAGCGCGCUCAGCUCCGUGCCUUCCCCAACACUUUACGCAACUUUCCCUAACUUUCGGGCAGCCUCAGGGGGCCCCCACAGCCCCUUGCCUCUCCUAGGCACUAACCGGGGGCCGAGCGGACCUUUUUCGGGCAGAAAAGCAGCUUUUGAGGGCUCCCUUUUCGUGCCUUGCUGGAAAGAAGAAGCCGUGGAGAGAGCCCAGGUCGUUGUUUUUCCAGCUUAGAAGCCAUGGCGUACCUCCAUUUUUGUGCGCUCUCCUAAUGAGCUUUUUCCCCCGGACGUUUUUGUACUAAUUAUCGCUUCUUUCGCUUCAUCGGCAGCAUAUUUUUGGGGAUUCGAAUAUAUAUUUUUUCCCCCAUUCUCUGAAAUUUGUAUUUUAUCGUCAUAACUCUAAAAUAUUUUGGAUCUAAUGUUUUUCCACUCCCCGAAACUAAUAUCGACUUGGUCCUGGCGGCGGUGCACGGAUCAGUAAAUACCUGGGCACAGGACUUCAAAGCAAACAGACAGCCCUGACCCCCCCACCCCUUAAUAUUUAAGAAUAAAAAGAUGAUGAGAAAUAAGGACAAAAGCCAAGGAGAGGAGGGUUCAGUCCACAGCAAUGCAUCGAGUCACUCGGCAUCUGAAGAAGCCUCUGGCUCUGACUCUGCAAGCCAGUCUGAAAGUGAACAGGGCAGCGAGUCAAACAGCAGCUCGGAGUCCUCCGAGAGUCAAUCUGAAUCCGAAAGUGAAUCAACAUGUUCGAAAUCCCAGCAGACCCCUCCUGAAACCAAAGAAAAACCAGCCUCUAAGAAGGAAAGGAUAGCAGAUGUUAAGAAGAUGUGGGAAGAAUAUCCUGAUGUUUAUGGGGUUAGGAGGUCAAACCGAAGCAGACAAGAGCCGUCGCGAUUUAAUAUAAAAGAUGAGGCAAGUAGUGAAUCUGAAAAUGAGAGCCCAAAAAGAAGAGGCCAGAAGCAAAUGAAGAAACCAAAUAAAUGGAAAAGAGAGAUCUCUGGUGAAGAGGAGGAUGAAGAUGGAGGGGAACAGGGCACCAGUGGAGAGAGUGAGCCUGAACCCAAGAAAAUUAAAGCGAGGAGACCUGCCCAAAGAAGAACAGUGGCCAAGACCAGUGUUAAAAAGCCUCACAAGCGGCAGUGUGGCAAGAAGAGAAAGAAACCAGAGUCAUCUGAAGAUGAUGAUGACGACGAAGAUGAUGAGACCCCCAAGAGACAGACUCGACGAAGGGCCUCCAAGAAUGUCAGUUACAAAGAAGAUGAUGAUUUUGAGACGGAUUCUGAUGACCUGAUAGAGAUGACUGGGGAAGGAGCUGAUGAACAACAAGACAACAGUGAAACUAUUGAGAAAGUCCUGGACAUCAGGCUUGGGAAAAAAGGAGCCACUGGUGCUUCCACCACAGUGUACGCGACCGAAGCCAACGGCAACCCCAGCGCCGACUUCGAUCCCGAGAAGGACGAGGGAGAGGUUCAGUACCUGAUCAAAUGGAAAGGCUGGUCAUACAUCCACAGCACGUGGGAGAGCGAGGAGUCCCUGCAGCAGCAGAAAGUGAAGGGCCUGAAAAAGCUUGAGAACUUCAAGAAGAAAGAGGAGGAGAUCAAGCAGUGGCUGGGCAAAGUGUCACCUGAAGACAUAGAAUAUUUCAACUGCCAACAGGAGCUAGCUUCAGAGCUGAACAAACAGUAUCAAAUAGUGGAGAGAGUCAUUGCUGUGAAGACCAGCAAGUCUGCAAUGGGACAUUCGGAUUUCCCAGCAAACAGUCGCAAAACAUCCUCAAAUGACCCUGAAUACCUGUGUAAGUGGAUGGGGCUGCCCUAUGCUGAGUGCAGCUGGGAGGAUGAGGCUCUGAUCAGCAAGAAAUUCCAGCACUGCAUCGACAGCUUCAACAACCGGAACAACUCCAAAACCAUUCCGACCCGGGACUGCAAGGUGUUGAAGCAGAGGCCAAGGUUUGUUGCCCUGAAGAAACAACCUUCUUACAUUGGUGGUGAGAACCUAGAGCUGCGAGAUUACCAGCUGGAGGGCCUCAACUGGCUUGCUCACUCGUGGUGCAAGAACAACAGUGUGAUCCUGGCUGAUGAAAUGGGCCUGGGCAAGACAAUUCAGACAAUAUCCUUCCUGUCGUACCUCUUCCAUCAGCAUCAGCUCUACGGCCCUUUCCUGGUGGUGGUGCCCUUGUCCACUCUCACCUCAUGGCAGAGAGAGUUUGAAGUCUGGGCACCAGAGAUAAAUGUGGUGGUUUACAUCGGAGACCUGAUGAGCAGGAACAUGAUCCGUGAAUAUGAGUGGAUCCACUCUCAGUCCAAAAGGUUGAAAUUCAAUGCACUUAUCACAACAUAUGAGAUCCUCCUCAAGGAUAAGGCCGUUCUGGGCAGUAUUAACUGGGCCUUCCUGGGCGUGGAUGAAGCCCAUCGCUUGAAGAACGACGACUCUCUGCUCUACAAGACAUUGAUUGAUUUCAAGUCCAACCACAGGCUGCUGAUCACUGGCACCCCACUUCAAAAUUCACUCAAAGAGCUCUGGUCCCUGCUGCAUUUCAUCAUGCCGGAGAAGUUUGAGUUCUGGGAGGAUUUUGAAGAGGAUCACGGGAAAGGUAGAGAGAAUGGCUACCAGAGCCUUCACAAGGUCCUGGAGCCAUUUCUCCUACGCAGAGUGAAGAAGGAUGUGGAGAAAUCUUUGCCAGCCAAAGUGGAGCAGAUCCUUCGUGUGGAGAUGUCUGCUUUGCAGAAGCAGUAUUACAAGUGGAUUUUGACAAGAAACUAUAAAGCUCUUUCCAAGGGAACGAGGGGGAGCACAUCUGGUUUCCUGAACAUUGUGAUGGAGUUGAAAAAGUGCUGCAACCACUGCUACCUUAUUAAACCUCCUGAGGAAAAUGAGAGAGAGAAUGGCCUUGAGACCCUGCAGUCUCUGGUCAGGAGCAGUGGGAAGCUGAUUCUCUUGGACAAGCUGCUGACCAGGCUGCGGGAGAGAGGCAACAGGGUGCUGAUCUUCUCCCAGAUGGUGAGGAUGCUGGACAUCUUGGCAGAGUACCUGACUAUCAAACACUACCCUUUUCAGCGCUUGGACGGCUCGAUCAAAGGGGAGAUCCGAAAGCAGGCGCUGGACCACUUCAACGCCGACGGCUCUGAGGACUUCUGUUUCUUGUUGUCAACACGAGCUGGAGGGCUGGGAAUUAAUCUGGCCUCUGCUGAUACUGUUGUGAUCUUUGACUCGGACUGGAACCCACAAAAUGAUCUUCAGGCUCAGGCUCGAGCUCACCGGAUUGGGCAAAAGAAGCAGGUGAACAUUUACCGCCUGGUCACAAAGGGUACGGUGGAGGAGGAGAUCAUUGAGAGGGCCAAGAAGAAGAUGGUGCUGGACCACCUGGUGAUCCAGCGCAUGGACACCACCGGCCGCACCGUGCUGGACAACAACUCCGGCAGGUCCAACUCAAAUCCUUUCAACAAGGAGGAGCUGACAGCUAUUCUGAAGUUUGGAGCUGAAGAUCUCUUCAAGGAGCUUGAAGGGGAAGAGUCAGAGCCUCAGGAGAUGGACAUUGAUGAGAUCCUGCGGCUGGCUGAAACACGGGAGAAUGAAGUGUCCACCAGUGCUACUGACGAGCUCCUCUCCCAGUUCAAGGUGGCCAACUUUGCAACCAUGGAGGAGGAGGAGACGGAGCUGGACGAGCGGUCCCAGAAGGACUGGGACGAUAUCAUUCCAGAGGAGCAGAGGAAAAAGGUGGAGGAAGAAGAAAGGCAGAAAGAAUUGGAGGAAAUCUACAUGCUGCCUCGAAUCAGGAGCUCCACCAAAAAGGCCCAGACAAAUGACAGUGAAUCAGAUGCAGAAACCAAGAGAAGGCUUCAGAGAUCAUCUGGGUCAGAGAGUGAGACCGACGAGACCGACGAUGAGAAGAGACCGAAGCGCAGGGGGCGUCCUCGCAGCGUCAGGAAAGACACCGUGGAAGGAUUUACUGAUGCUGAAAUCAGGAGGUUUAUCAAGGCUUACAAGAAGUUUGGGUUGCCCCUCGAACGGCUGGAGUGCAUUGCCCGGGAUGCUGAGCUGGUGGACAAGUCUGUGGCUGAUCUGAAACGGUUAGGGGAGCUCAUCCACAACAGCUGUGUGUCAGCUAUGCAGGAAUAUGAGGAGCAGCUGAAGGAAAAUCCAAGUGAAGGCAAAGGGCCUGGGAAAAGAAGAGGUCCUACUAUCAAGAUCUCUGGUGUGCAAGUCAACGUGAAAUCCAUCAUCCAGCACGAAGAGGAGUUUGAAAUGCUGCAUAAAUCCAUUCCUGCAGACCCAGAGGAAAGGAAGAAGUACCGCCUGACGUGCCGUGUCAAAGCUGCCCAUUUUGAUGUGGACUGGGGAGUGGAGGAGGAUUCUCGCUUGCUGGUGGGAAUUUAUGAGCAUGGCUAUGGAAACUGGGAGCUAAUUAAAACAGAUCCAGAGCUGAAGCUGUCUGAUAAGAUCCUGCCUGUGGAGACAGAUAAGAAACCUCAGGGAAAGCAGCUCCAGACCAGAGUUGAUUAUCUACUGAAACUGCUGAAGAAAGAUCUGGACAAGAAAGAAAACAUGAAGGAUGGGGAAGAGGGCAAGCUAAAGAAGAGGAAACCACGAGUAAAGAAAGAGAACAAGGCUCCCAAAGUCAAAGAUGAGCAUGGGAAUGAGCUCUCCCCUCCUAGGCACUCAGACAACCAGUCAGAAGAAGGUGAAGUCAAGGAGGAUGGCUUGGAAAAGAGCCCAGUGAAAAAGAAACAGAAGAAGAAAGAGAACAAAGAGAACAAGGAAAAACAGACAAGCACUAAGAAAGAAAAGGAAAGUGACAAAGAGAAAAAGAAGUCAAAAGACAAAAAGGAGAAGCCUAAAGGUAGUGAAGCCAAAUCUGGAAGCAAAGGGAAGAGGUCGCAAGGUCCUGUCCACAUUACCGCAGGCAGCGAACCCAUCCCCAUUGGAGAAGAUGAGGAUGACGACCUGGACCAGGAGACAUUCAGCAUAUGCAAGGAAAGGAUGAGACCAGUCAAAAAAGCCCUGAAGCAGCUUGACAAGCCUGAUAAGGGACUGACAGUUCAAGAGCAGCUGGAGCACACACGCAACUGCCUCCUAAAGAUUGGGGACCGCAUCUCUGAGUGCCUUAAAGCCUACAGUGACCAGGAUCAUAUCAAGCUAUGGAGAAGGAACCUAUGGAUAUUUGUGUCCAAAUUCACAGAAUUUGAUGCCAGAAAACUGCACAAACUCUACAAGAUGGCUCACAAGAAAAGAUCACAGGAAGAGGAGGAGCAAAAGAAGAAGGAGGACAUGUCCAGCAUGAAGAAGCCGUUCCGCCCGGAGCCUUCGGGCUCCAGCCGCGACUCUGUGAUGUCCCAGUCUCACGUGCCUCACAACCCUCACUCCCAGAAGAUCCACCUGCCCCCCUCCCACGCCCAGCAGCAGAUGCACGGGCACCCACGGGACAACUACGGCCAUCCAAACAAGAGGCAUUUCAGCAACGCAGACCGAGGAGAAUGGCAGAGGGAUCGAAAGUUCAACUACGGCGGCAACAGCAACCAGAUGUGGGGCGGGGAGCGGCACCACCAGUACGAGCAGCACUGGUACAAGGACCACCACUACGGGGACCGGCGCUCCCGCGGGGAGCCCCACCGCAGCUCGGGCAACUACCGACCAAACAACCUCUCCCGCAAGAGGCCCUACGAGCAGUACAACAGCGACCGAGACCACAGGGGCCACCGGGACUACUACGACAGGCACCACCACGACUCCAAGCGUCGACGGUCCGACGAGUUCAGGCCCCAGAACUACCACCAGCAGGACUUCCGGCGGAUGUCUGACCACAGGCCGCCCAUGGGCUACCAUGGGCAGGGACCCUCGGACCACUACCGGUCCUUCCACACAGACAAAUCGGCAGAUUACAAACAGCCGCUCCCUCCGCCUCACUCUGCCAUGUCGGACCCUCGCUCUCCCCCCUCUCAGAAAUCCCCCCACGACUCCAAGUCACCUCUGGAUCACAGGUCACCUCUGGACAGGUCCUUGGAACAGAAAAACAACCCAGACUAUAACUGGAACGUAAGGAAAGCGUAGAGGGGCGGAGAGGGGCGAAGCGGACGUCCGGAAUGCUUGGUCUGAUGCAAGAGCAGCUGCUUUCUCCAGGCCGGCAACCAGAAACUCUGAACAUGCUGCUAUCAUCUUGCUGGGUCAAGGAGGAUUUUGAGGGAGUAGGUGGAGGAAGAGAUUCCCUAAGUCUUGGUUCUUGUUUGGAUUCCCGUUUCCUUUACCCUCUUCUACGACUGAACAUUGGAAACAGCCUUGCUCUGCCUCAUUCUUAGUUGUGUUUGUCCUUGUCUGAUGGACCCAAGGGAAUUCUCCCCAGCCAGUGUUUCCCCAAGCCAAGAAGGUGGAUCCGUGCUGCUUAGGGUGGUGGAGAAGGUUGUGUGCCUGCUCUGACUUGAUGUUACCUGACAGAUGCUGCUUUGGGGUUGGGGAUAAACUGGUUGGGUUGGGCUGGGCUUGGUGUGUAACCAGCAUAGGGCAAUGAGAAGAUACAUUUGAGGGGAGGGAUACAGGUGUCCCUUAGCUGCCAAGCUUGGUUGAAGGAGGGACAGGAGAGUCCCUCAGCAGUCAAGCUUGGCUGAAAGAGGGACUUGAUGUCCCUGCAGAGUGACUCCAAAGGAGCUGGAGCCAUGCUGGUGACAAUCCAUUGCUUUCCUGGCCACGUUACCAUUUCUGUGUCUUUAUCCAUUUCAAGAAACUGGCUCUGCUUUGAUUGCUGUUGUGUCCCCUGCAACAGAAGAGGUGUGGUGGAUCUUCCUCCCAUCUCCAGGGCUGGAACUGGCAAAUCUUGGCUCUGAGGGGCUUUGGGAUAUGUGAAGAGAAAAAAAUAGAAAAAGAAAAAGAAAAAAAAAAGACUCCUUUAGCAAAGGCUUAGUUCAGUUCUAACCAACAGGAAAGAAACUGGGGUGAGAACAGUAUUUAUCUCAACAGAACUCCUCUUCCCUCCUGACAUGGGCAGCUUGGCUGGUCCAGGAACCAGCAGAUGCUGGCUGGGAGCUGGAAGGUCAAAAGAUGGCUCUGGGCAUUUGGGGAUCCUGAAAUUCCUAAUCUCUCUGCCACUGAAGUGCUCCAGUCUUUGGGCAAGUCUUUUCCUCUCUGUGCUUCAUGAAACAGUGGUCACAAACCUCUGCUGGCACCCAAAAGAAAAGGGAUGGUAGAGCAGAGUUGAAGAGGAAUCCAGUGGACUGUUCAGGGAA